AAAGGGUAUCAGUGAUCGUUGCCCUCACUAAGGUACCAACAUUGGGUAGUGAUUCUAGUUCUUUCUCUUGCCAUCUCAUCCUCACUUCGUAAGACUGAAUCUGCUAUUCCUUUCUAAGUUUAUUCGAUCCAUCACUUCUGAUGCCACUGCUAAGAAGCUUUCGAGUAUGAUCGUUUUAAUGGCCUGCGAUUCAAAACCAGUUGCAACAAGAAGGCUCUGUGACGUUCUGGAGGAAGAGCAAGAGCCGUGUAUGCUCGACGUCGCCACAUUUCAGCAUAAUCAUUCUAGCAAAAGCAAGGACUUCUGCAAUAAUGGGAGAAGGACGUGGUUGUCUUCGCCUAUAUCAAACAAGGAGCAGGAGAAGAAGAGGAGGAUGUCUCAUCAAUCUGCAGUGUGCUCAAGGACUCUCAAAUAUAUGUUAGAUCAGUUUGCUUUCCCUUGCAAGAUUCAUGGUACUCAGACGCUGCACAUCAAAGGUCACCAAGAAGUUAAAAAAAGGCAUUCAGUCAGACAAUGCGGUGGAAUGUCAUCUUGUAGAAUCAGCAGAUACUUUGAUCCAUUUUGCAAGAGAGAUAUGACAGACCAUUAUUCUGUCUCAUCUUGUUCAGACCCUAUCAAGGCAUUGAACCUCUCCGAUACUGUCACUGAGAAAGAGGUAAAGGAAGACAACGCGCAGGUAAGCCAUAUGUCUGUCCGGGAGAUACCAAUAGGAGAAACUUUUCCAACCGACAACUUCAAAUCAGAGGGACACCGGCAAUCAGAUGUAAGCCUGAAGCUCCUUUGCAGAGUUGCAGAUGACUCCUGGUUCUUUUGGUCACUAUGGGAGCAAGUAGUGCAGGCAAUUAAACAAAAGCAGGGUCUUAAGGACUCGAAACUACAAGAGACCUUUGGUUAUUAUUCAUUAUCUCAGUGCUUCAAGACUAAGCAACUAGUGUGCAAUAGCAGGCAGCUUCUCUUUGAUUAUGUGAAGGAGGUAGCAAAGACCGCAGCAAGGUCAGGAAGAAUAAGCGCCUGGACUUGUUGGCAAUGCAUGUUUCAGCAGCAAUUAGGGCCACAACAACAUGUGAAAUCCACGUGUCAGCAGAUCUGCUCUUGGGGAAGAAGCGCAGAUGACAUACAAGAAGCAUCUAAACUGAUAGAAUCAGACCUCUCAAGAAAUGAGUUCUCCCAUCUCAGCAAGCAUGAAACAUAUAGAGUUGUACGUAAGAUAGAAGCUGCAAUUAUUUCUGGCAUCAUUGAUGAGAUAGUUUCAGAUUUACUAUGUCUACCAACAUGAAGAUGUACCUCAUCUAAUAAUUAUUCUACAUGUUCUACUGUCUUUUUUCUAAACUUGGACCAGAGUUACACUAGCAAGUUGUGGGUGUUGGGAGUCUAAACACGUUCGACCUAUCACAAUGCUUUCUGUUACUGUGUGUGGGGCAUUUUAGUCUUUGCAAAAAGAUAAUUUUUUC